GUGUGAUUGUCAUAGUUACUUGUAACAUCAUUUACAUAAAUACUAUUGAGAAUAUGAAUUAUUGUAGUUUCUAACUCAUUCGUACAUAGUUAACUUAGUUCUAUAGUAUAUAUACUGGAACUAUUUUGUUUGCAACUGAUAAUGACAGAGGUGCUCUUCGGUUCAUUUUGUUGACAUUCGUGACAGACAUUUUGAAAAAGAACGUACUGGUACGUCAAAAAAUGCAGAACUGCUACAACACGGGGGAGAGAAUCCCCAGAGAGAAAAAGUUUGAAUUGGAUGAAAGGCUGGCCAAUAAGCACAUACAGACUUUGCAGUUCGUUCAAGAGGUGGUAAAUGAAAACAAGAUCUUAAAGAAGAAAGUGGAAGAAUUAGAGACUGUUUUGGUACUGUGGUAUGUGGAUGGAUUGCCGGAGAGUCAGGUGCAUUGUGGGGAACUGCAUGCAAUGGCAGAGGAAAGUAAAGAGAAGAUCAAGGUGCUCCAGGAGCAGUACUUGAAGCGAGCUGACGAGAUUAAUGCUAUGAUGGCUGAGAAACAUCGUGCUGAGAUGAUGGGAGUUGUACAGGAAAAAUUGCAACAAGAACAGAAAUACAGCGAAGAAAUAGUGCAGCUGAGGACUGAGAUUGGCCAGUUAGAGAUGACAAACAAGGAAUUGAUGGAGAGAAUACAAGAAUUGACAGGCUCCAGUGAACAAAUGGAGGUUCUAAUGACAGAAAUAGAAGACCAAAAGAGGGUCAUUGCAAACUUGCAAAUGGAGUUGAAUGCUGUUAAAGAUGAAAAUGAGCAGCUUUCGGGCGAAAAGACUUCUCAGUUCUCUCAGAUACAAAGUUUACAGACAUUGAAAUCCCAGAAUGAAGCUCUUGCGCAAGACCUGAAAGCGAUGGCACAUAAAAACAUGGAGCUGCAAUUCAGGGUUUCAAAAUUGGAGGCGGAUUUGAAGGAGGCUUCAAAUACAAAGGACCAAGCAGAACUUAUUGAUAAUUUGAAGACAAAGCUUGCCAAGCUUCAUAAAGAAAGAUCAAUAGCUACAGAAAAGGAGGAGUACUAUCAGAAAAACAUUGGUGAUUUGAAGUAUGAGGUUGAAAAACUGAGAGAGAAAUUACACAGUGCAGAGGUAACAAAGGAUCGAGUAUUGGAUGAGUACCAUAGACUAAAUGCUGAGUUGCAGCAUAUGAAAAAGAACCAAUCCGCAGACAGUCAGAAUAAGAAUUUCAAAGACUUUGUAAAGCUAAAGCGUGAAGUUGUUAAUUUGAAGGAGGAGAAUUCUGAGCUUAAGCAACUCCACAAAGCAGUUUUUACUACCGGGAGUAAUACUCAUUUGCCUAUGCUGAGAUUUGAACACGAUGUACCUGUUGUGAAAUCUUCUGCUAGUAAAACUAGUACUAAAUCAAAAAAAUCUGUAAGCGUUACUUCUCAAUAACUGCAUGACUCUGAAUGUAAAACUUCAUUCCUUGAAUAACUCUGAAGGAUUUUGUUGCAGCUAUAUUGGCAGUAUUGUUCAAAUAAAUGUUGUACAACCAAACAUUGUAUGUAUUGGUAUGUGCAUCUAACAUGAUGUUCAAAGCUUUAUACAUGUGGAUAUUGUGCAACUUAUGACAGCUGUCAUGUUGUUCAUUUCAUUGAAGUCUCAGUUGCUUUAUGACUGUGCAAUGACUGCUGUUCUGUAGAAGCAGGUUUGCUUUUACAAUUGGAAGGAGUGAUUUUAGAUUUUAGAUUCUAAUUGUCAAGUUUUAUACUUUUUCAUGCCACUUUCCUCUGUUUUUUAGCUCACCUGUCACGAAGUGACAUGGUGAGCUUAUGUGACCGUGUGAUGUCUGGCGUCCAUUGUGUGUGCGUGUGUGCGUGCAUCCGUCAACAAUUUGUGUGUGUAGACAGUAGAGGUCAGUUUUCAUCCAAUCUUUAUGAAAUUUGGUCAGAAAGUUUAUCUUGAUGAAAUCUGGGUUGGGAUUGUAUUUGGGUCAUCUGGGGUCAAAAACUUGGUCACUAGGUCAAAAACUAGGUGACAUAAUAGGUCAAAUAAUAGAAAACCUUGUAUAGACAAUAGAGGUCACAGUUUUCAUCCAAUCUUUAUGAAAUUUGAUCAGAAUAUUUAUCUUGAUGAAAUCUGGGUUGGGAUUGUAUUUGGGUCAUCUGGGGUAAAAAACUAGGUCACUAGGUCAAAUAAUUGAAAAAUCAUCAACAAUUUGUUUGUGUAGACAGUAGAGGUCACAGUUUUCAUCCAAUGUUUAUGAAAUUUGGUCAGAAUGUUUAUCUUUAUGAAAUCUGGAUUGGGAUUGUAUUUGGGUCAUCUGGGGUCAAAAACCAGGUCACUAGGUCAAAAACUAGGUCAAAUAAUAGAAAAACCUUAUGUAGACAAUAGAGGUCGCAGUUUUCAUCCAAUCUUUAUGAAAUUUUGUCAGAAUGUUUAUCUUGAUGAAAUCUGGCUUGGGAAUAUAUUUGGGUCAUCUGGGGUCAAACACUAGGUCACUAGGUCAAAAACUAUGUAAAAAAAUAGAAAAACCUUGUGUAUACAAUAGAGGUCACAGUUUUCAUCCAAUCUUUAUGAAAUUUGGUCAGAAUGUUUAUCUUGAUGAAAUCUGGCUUGGGAAUGUAUUUGGGUCAUCUGGGGUCAAAAACUAGGUCACUAUGUCAAAACUAGGUCAAAAAAUAGAAAAACCUUGUGUAGACAAUAGAGGUUGCAGUUUUCAUCCAAUCUUUAUGAAAUUUGGUCAAAAUGUUUAUCUUGAUGAAAUCUGGGUUGGGAUUGUAUUUGGGUCAUCUGAGGUCAAAAACUAGGUCACUAGGUCAAAUAAUAGAAAAACCGUCAACAAUUUGUUUGUGUAGACAGUAGAGGUCACAGUUUUCAUCCAAUCUUUAUGAAAUUUGGUAAGAAUGUUUAUCUUGAUGAAAUCUGGGUUGGGAUUGUAUUUGGGUCAUCUGGGCUCAAAAACUAGGUCACUAGUUCAAAAACUAGGUCAGUAGGUGAAAUAAUAGAAAAACCUUGUAUAGACAAUAGAGGUUGCAGUUUUCAUCCAAUCUUUAUGAAAUUUGGUCAGAAUGUUUAUCUUGAUGAAAUCUGAGUUGGGAUUGUAUUUGGGUCAUCUUGGGUCAAAUACUAGGUCACUAGGUCAAAUAAUAGAAAAACCUUGUGUAGACAAUAGAGGUCACAGUUUUCAUCCAAUCUUCAUGAAAUUUGGUCAGAAUAUUUGUCUUGAUGAAAUCUGGGUUGGGAUUGUAUUUGGGUCACCUGGGGUCAAAAACUAGAUCAAUGGGUCAAAUAUUAAAAAAACAUUGUGUAGACAAUAGAGGUCACAGAUUUCAUCCAUUCUUUAUUAAAUUUGGUCAGAAUGUUUAUCAUGAUGAUAAAUGGGUUGAGAAUGUAUUUGGUUAGUCAUGUGAGUGAUUCAGGGCCAUCAUGGCCCUCUUGUUGUUUUGAUUUUUGUCUGUGAUAUUAUGAAUUGAAGUAAACCACCAGUUUGUAUGCUGUUAAAGUAAAAGAGUCAUUUAUUUUAUUUUUUCCCACAUACAUAUUUAAUAUUAUUAGCUUUGUGUUAUGUAUUCCAUGAUGUAUUAAAUUGCUUUAUGAACAACACUUUUAUUCAAAACUUGACUAUUAUUUAAACUAGUUAUUAUUUUGUGCAAUAGGUUUAGUUUUUUCAUCUUUUCAGCUUUGGUGAAUUCAUAACACUGUACUACAAAAUCAACCUCUCUUUGUGACUGCCAUUUUUGAAAUUAAAUUUUGUGUUGUUUUUUUUACCUCUAAAGAAGGGCAUAUGAAAAUCACACAGUAUGUCUCUUAGUCAAUUUCUAUAUUUUGUUAUAGGUAUACAUUGUCCAUCAAGGUUAAUUUAAUUUAUUAUGCUCCCUGAAAAUUUUCAGUGGAACAUAUAGUUGCCAGUUUGUCCUUCCUUACUUCCUUCCUUACUAACAUAUUUCCUUCCGUCACUCUUUUGUUACAGUUUCUCAUAGCGCCUUCAAUAUUUUACCGAUCUCUUACAUAUUUGGCAUGUAGGUAACUUGCAUGGACCUCUACUUUUUAUGAGGUUUGAGGUCACUGGGUUCAAGGUCACCAAGGCUAAUAAUAGAUUUUCUCAAGGUCAAACUUUGGUUACAGUUUGCGUUGGAGUUCCAUUUUAAAGAAAUAGUGAGUGUAUACUAUUAUUGUCAUUAAUUAUUAUAAAUACCUGUUUACUUUAUUAUGAACAUAGAAGAUGCAUCCAUCGUUUUCAAUGAUACUUGUUUUCAAUACUAUCCACAUUUACUUGAAACUUAAAAUCCUUUUUGUUGACAUCUAUGUAUUACUUUAGGUGGUGUACCAAUCACUUGGUCGGAGUAAACUGUAUUAACCCUUAACCACUAAGAUAAGUAUUUAGAUGCAUUUGUAGUCCCUUAGAAAGUUACAUUUAAUUAAAUACCUUUCUUACUAAAUUUAAGUUUAAAAGGCGUCAUUUCCUACCCUUAGUUACUGAUGAGCAGCAAACAGCAUAAAACCUCAACAGACUGCGAGUUACUUGCAGGGUGUUCUGGUCUUAUGCUGGUUGCAAAAGCCAUUUUCACUUUGCUUUUUAUGGGGGAAAGGGUCAAGUCUUUACAACUUCAUAGUAAUAUAGAUCCCAUUGAGCUGAAUUGCAUGGCACAAGAACCUUAAUAAUGCAUCACAUGUUUUAGACUCAUUUCACUUUGUCCAAAGUCGUACUUUAUUAUCCCCCGCCAUAGGCGGAGGAAUAUUGUUUUGGCAUUGUCCGGUCCGUCCGUCCGAAUCCAUAUCUUGGAAGUGCUUUGGCAGAUUUCAUUGAAACUUGGUCUGAGUAUAUAUAUGGAUAAGAGGAUGAUGCAAGCCAAAUGUCAUUGUACACCAUCUGUUAAUAACGGAAUUAUGGCCCUUUGUAUCUUGAAAAAAUGCUAUUUUGAGUGUCAAAUAUAACACUUUUGUGUCCAGAAGCAUAUUGGCUGGGGAUAUCAAUUCAACGAAAUUGCUUGUUUUUUUACGCUUUGAAGGAUUAAAAAAACUUAAAUCUUUGAGCAAUUUAGACAAUGUGCUGAAGACAUCCAUUCAGUUAUUUCAUCAUAGGAUAAGGUUAUGGGUCAAGGUUAAAAUUUGGACCGUCCAUUUUCAUUUGGACUCCAUAUAGCCUACUAGUAUGUCAUUUGAAUGGUUUUCAUAAAACAUGGGGACAAUGUUUAGAUCAUUGAGACUUUGUGUACCAGUCAUAAGUCAGUCAUUUGGACCACCCAUUUUCAUUUGGACUCCAUAUAGCCUACUAGUAUGUCAUUUGAAUGGUUUUCAUAAAACAUGGGGACAAUGUUUAGACCAUUGAGACUUUGUGUACAAGUCAUAAGUCAGUCAAGGUCAAGGUCAUACUUUAAGGACAAUAGUUAAGCCUUUAUUAUGCUAAAAUUUUAAAAUAAAUUUUGGGGGUCAACAUAAUUAUAUCGCUGCUUCGUCUGUCCGUGCGUGCAUGUGUAUGUCUGUCCGUCCGUCCGUGCACAAUUUUUGUCCGGGCUAUUUCUCAGCAACUAAUGACCGGAAUUCAAUGAAACUUUAUUGGAAGCUUCACUACCAAGGAGAUGUGCAUAUUAUCAGCGGGUUCUGGUCGGAUGAUUUUUCACAGAGUUAUGGUCCUUUGAAAUUUUCUAUAAAAAAAUUCUUGUCCCCCUCAACUACUGUGCCCUCAAGACGUUUCCUUUUAUCUGAAUAUAUAGUGCAAUAUUGUGACAAAAAAAAACUUUGGGGAGCAUCACCAGUCUCCGAUGGUUUCUUGAUGUUUAACAAAUUGGUUUAAUCUCCUUAUAUAUUGAAAGAUUGUAAUGUCAUUCAGAAGAUGUCCAGAAGUUAAUGGGUCAAUCUUGCUUGCUCAAUAUCAAAAUCUUGAUGGAGGAUGCAGAUGUCUCUUAGACUGUCUUGCAUAGUUUUAGGCCUGAAAUUGUUGCACAGCAUAAUUACAUGCCUUGUACAUGCCUGUUGUUUUUUAGCUCGAUUAUUAUAUAUGAAAUAUAUAUAGUGGAGCUAUCCUACUCACCCGGGCGUCGGCGGUUCCGUUUCCGCUAGCGUUAGCGUGCAAAUGUUAAAGUUUUCGUACUUCCCCAAUUAUUUUCAUUGUCCCUUGACAUAUUGCUUGCAUAUUUUGCAUACUUGUUUACCAACAUGACCCCAACCUAUAAACAAGAGCAGACAACUCUAUCAAGCAUUUUUUCAUUAUUAUGGACCCUUUUCCACUUAGAAUAUGCAGCAAAUGUUAAAGUUUGCGUACUACCCCAAAUAUUUUCAAUGUCCCUUGACAUAUUGCUUUCAUAUUUGUAUACUUGUUUACCAUCAUGACCCCAACUUAUAAACAAGAGCAGGCAACUGUACAAAGCAUAUUGACAGAAUUAUGGACCCUUUUAUACUUAGAUAAUUGAACAUUUUGCUUAAAUUGCCAUAACUUCUUUAUUUAUGAUCAGAUUUAAUUAAUACUUUGACAAAACAACACUUACCUGAAUACCACAAUGGAUUCCACCCAAACAAUACCGUACGCCCCAACCCAGAAUCCCUGCCCCCCCCCCCCCACCCCCCCCCCAAUUUUUUUUUCCUUUAUAGCUCACCUGAUUGCUCAUGUGAGCUUUUGUGACCGGUCUUUGUCCGUCAGUCCGUCCGUCCAUUAACAUUUGCUCGUAAACACUCUAGAGGCCACAUUUCUUGUCCCAUCUUCAUGAAACUUGGUCAGAAGCUUUGUCCCAAUGAAAUCUCAGCCGAGUUCGAAUGCCUGGUCAAAAACUAGGUCACUAGGUCAAAAAAAAGAAAAACCUUGUUAACACUGUAGAAGUCACAUUUCAUGCCCAAUCUUCAUGUAACUUUGUCAAAAUGUUUGUCUUAAUGAUAUCUUGGUUGAGUUCAAAAGUGGUUCCGAUCUGUUGAAAAACAUGGCCCCCAGUGGGCGGGGCAGUUUUCUUAAUUUGGCUAUAGAGAAACCUUGUAAACACUCAAGAAGUCACAACUUUUGCCCAAUCAUCAUGAAAGUUGGUCAAAACAUUGGUUCAAUUUAUGCUCAGACGAGUUCGAAAAUGGUCGAUAUCGGUGAAAAAACAUGGCCGCCAGUGGGCGGGGCAUUUUUCUCUAAUUGUAUAUAGUGGCAGUUUUCCCUAUUUGGCUAUAGAGAAACCUUGUAAUCACUCUAGAAGUCACAAGUUUUGCUAAAUCAUCAUGAAAGUUGGUCAAGACAUUGGUUUGAUUGAUAUCCCGGACGAGUUUGAAAAUGGUCGGGAUCAGUGAAAAUACAUGGCCGCCAGUGGGCGGGGCAUUUUUCUCUAUAUGUUUAUAGUGAAAACAUGUGAACACAGUAGUAGUCACAUUUUUGGCCCAAUUUUCAUGAAAUUUGUUCAGAACAUUUGUUUCCUUGAUACGAGAGUUGAGUUAAAAAAUGGUUCCGGUCAGUUUAAUAACAUGACUGCUGGGAGGGGGGCAGUUUUCUCAUUAUGGCCCCCCCCCCCCUUUCGAAGAAGAGGGGGUAUAUUGUUUUGCUCAUGUUGGUCCAUCCGUCCACCAGAUGGUUUCCGGAUGAUAACUCAAGAGCGCUUAUGCCAAGGAUCAUGAAACUUCAUAGGUACAUUGAUCAUGACUCGCAGAUGACUCCUAUUGAUUUUCAGGCCACUAGGUCAAAGGUCAAGGUGACGAAGACCCGAAAUAGUAAAAUGGUUUCUGGAUGAUAACUCAAGAACCCUUAUGCCUAGGAUCUUGAAACUUCAUAGAUAAAUUGAUCAUGACUCGCAGAUGACCCCUAUUGAUUUUCAGGUCACUAGGUUAAAGGUCAAGGUCACGGUGACCCAAAGCAGUAAAAUGGUUUUUCGGAUGAUAACUCAAGAAUGCUUAUGCCUAGGAUAAUGAAACUUCAUAGAUACAUUGAUCAUGACUCGCAGAAAACCUCUUUUGAUUUUCAGGUCACUAGGUCAAAGGUUAAGGUCACGAUGACCCGAAAUAGUAAAAUGGUUUCCGGAUGAUAACUCAAGAACGCUUAGGCCUAGGAUCAUGAAACUUCAUAGGUACAUUGAUCAUAACUCGUAGAUGACCCGUAUUGAUUUUCAGGUCACUAGGUAAAAGGUCAAGGUCACGCUGACCCGAAAUAGUAAAAUGGUUUCCGGAUGAUAACUCAAGAACGCUUAGGCCUAGGAUCAUGAAACUUCAUAGGUACAUUGAUCAUGACUCGAAGAUGACCCCUAUUGAUUUUCAGGUCACUAGGUCAAAGGUCAAGGUCACGCUGACCUGAAAUAGUAAAAUGGUUUCUUGAUGAUAACUCAAGUACGCUUAUGCCUAGGAUAAUGAAACGUCAUAGGCACAAUGAUCAUGACUCGCAGAUGACCCCUUUUGAUUUUCAGGUUACUAGGUCAAAGGUCAAGGUCACGUUGACCUGAAAUAGUUAAAUGGUUUCUGGAUGAUAAUUCAAGAAGGCUUAUGCCUAGGUUUAUGAAACUUCAUAGGUAUAUUGAUAAUGACUCGCAGGUGACUAUUGAUUAUAAGGUCACUAGGUCAAAGGUCAAGGUCACAGUGCCAAAAAACGUAUUCACGCAAUGGCUGUCAAGGUCACUGUGACUCAACUUAGAAAAAUGGUUUCCAGAUGAUAACUCGAGAAUGCUUACGCCUAGGAUCAUAAAACUUCAUAGGUACAUUGAUCAUUACUCGCAGAUUAAAUAAUUAUGAAACUUGACCAGGAUGUUUGUCUGGACAAUAUUUAGGUCAAGUUUGACAUUUGGUAAAGAUUGAAUAAACGGACUCCUCUCAGGUGAGCGAACUAGGGCCAUCUUGGCCCUCUUGUGCCCUACAUUAUUCCCCCCUCUCAACCCCCCCUCUCCCCUAACCCCCACCAAUUUUUUUUCUCCUUUUUUUUAUUUUUGAAACAUCGUCUAAUAAAUGACCCCACCCCACAUUAUACCCCACUGUCAACUCCCCCUACCCCCACACACACAAAAAUAUUUAUUUUUUCCUUUUUUUAUUUUUGAAAGAUCGUCUAAUAAAUUAUUGAAUAUGAACAAUUUCCCCAUCAUGGCUUACGUUAUACUGUCAAGCACGCUAAUAGUCGAGCGCGCUGUCCUCUGACAGCUCUUGUUAGACUAGCUGUUAAAAUAUAACCUGGUAGAAUUAAUGACAUUGUGUGGUUUAAAAAAAUGUGUGACACUUCCUUUUUAUUGAAAUAUAGUUGUGAUAGAUUAAUGAUCUAGCUUGUAUGCUUUAGUUUGAUUUAAUAGUAGAUGUUCUAGUGCUUUUCUGCUGAAGUGCAAAUCUGUAUUUGUCAUGUUUUUGUUAGUUAGUUUGUUGUUAAUAUGUUGUAACUUUGGAUGUUUUGUUUCUUGAUAGCCUUAAGGGUUCAUCAUUAUCACGCAUGCCAUGAUGAGGGAUAAACCCUUCUGGCAUUCAAUAUAUGAUCAUUGUUUAAAAUGUUUUUGUUUCUAGUAGUUCGAUGCUAACUGGAUUGUGGACAGGGGAAGUAAACACAAUGAAAUAAUUAAUAAUUUGAGCUUGUUGUUUACAUAAAACUGUUAUAACUACAAA